CACACCCCGGGCGGCAAGCAGGAAGGGGCUGUCCCUGGGGUCUGCAGUCAGCUCCCCCGUGCUCUUCUCGCCGGUCGGCCGGCGGAGCUCGCUGAGCUCGCGAAAAACUGGAGAAUAAAAGCUGUUUUAUUUAAUUAAAAAAAAUCUCUUACCAUCUGUUGAUCGUUCAAAGAAAAAUCUUGUUAUAAUACUUCUGUCAAGAAACAAAGCCAUUCUAGCUAUAGACCACUCUAUGUGCCUCUCCUCAUUUAAUCCUAAGAAGAGAUAGGAUAACUUUUAUAAUGGUGGCUUUACAUCAUGAUUCUGAAUUUGAAGAAGAGAGUGAGAAGGGAAUAUAAUUCUACUGCUAUAUCUACUAUUGAAGACCAGAGGAACACCGACACGAAUGUUCCUGCACCACUCCGUAACUGAGUCUAUGAACUAUGAUGUGAAAACGUUUGGAUCUUCUCUCCCUGUUAAAAUUAUGGAGGCCCUAACGUUGGCUGAAGUUGAUGAUCAGCUGGCUGUUCACAUAGAUGACAGUGGAUGGGCUUGUCUGGUCUGCAAGGAGAAACUCAUUGUUUGGAAGAUUGGUCUCUCACCUAUUACUAAGUUGUCUCUGUGUAAAGAACUUCAGCUGCCACCUAGUGAUUUCCAGUGGAGUGCAGACCUGGUGGCUCUUUCUUCGUCUGCCCUCACAGGUGAAGCACACUCGAUUCAGGAUGUUGCUGUAAUGGCUGCCACCAGAGAAGGAUCUAUCCGCUAUUGGCCAAACCUUGCUCAUGAAGACACCUACACAGAGACUUCUGUAGAUUUAGGAGGUGACAAGACUUAUAAUUUUCUCACAGCAGUGCAGGGAGGAAGUUUCAUCUUGUCUUCGUCAGGAAGCCGCCUAAUCCGGCUGGUACCUGAGAGUUCAGGGAAAGUCCAUCAGCACCUCCUCCCUCAGGGGCAAGGCGUGCUUUCAGGAAUCGGCCGGAAGGUUUCUUCUCUUUUGGGAAUUUUGUCUGCUAGUAGUGAUCUCACACUUUCAAGUGUCCUUUGGGAUAGAGAGAGGUCAAGUUUGUAUAGCCUUACAAAUUCAAACAUCAGUAAAUGGGAGUUAGACGAUUCUUCAGAAAAACACGCACAGAGUUGGGAUAUAAAUAGAGCCCUCAAGGAGAGCAUUGCUGAUGCUAUUUGGGGAUCUGAAAGUAACUAUGAAGCUAUUAAAGAGGGUGUCAACAUUCGCUAUUUGGAUCUGAAGCAAAACUGUGAUGGGCUCCUGAUUUUGGCCGCAGCCUGGCAUCCAGCAGACACGCCAUGUCUCGUGUAUUACUCUCUGGUAACAGUGGAAGAUGAUGGCUACCAGAUGGCAGGUGCAGUUACUGUAGAAGUCACUCAGUAUAACCCACCUUUCCAGUCUGAAGACCUGAUAAAGUGUCGGUUGGUAGUUCCGAACUUUUCAAACCAGACUGCCUAUCUGUGUACUGAGAAUGCAAUCUACGUGUGCUCCACGGGAAAUGGGAGGCUUUCUCUUCCUCGGGAGAAAAUUGGCUUUGCAGCACAAGGAGAUAGCAUUUUAGGAGCUGGCUCCUGUGGUGGUGUUCCUAUCGUUUUUUCUAGAAACAGUGGAUUGAUGGCUAUUAUGUUGAGGGAAAACGUGUCCAUAUUAGCAGAAGAUCUUGAAGAUUCGCUGACAUCUUCAGUUGCUGGCCCAAACAGUGAGAGUAUGGUUUUUGAGACCACUACAAAGAAUGAAACCAUAGCUCAGGAAGAUAAAACCAGGUUGCUAAAAGCCGCUUUUCUCCAAUACUGCAGAAAAGAUUUAGGUCAUGCUCAAAUGAUGGUAGAUGAGCUGUUUUCCUCCCACCCUGAUUUGGGUUCCGAUUCUGAACUAGACAGAGCUGUGACCCAAGUCAGCAUGGACUUGGUGGAUGACUAUCCAGCGUCUGAUCCGCGGUGGGCUGAGUCUGUCCCUGAAGAAGCGCCUGGCUUCAGCAAUACAGCAUUAAUUAUUCUGCACCAGCUAGAAGAUAAGAUGAAAGCCCAUUCUUUCCUUAUGGACUUCAUUCACCAAGUUGGCUUAUUUGGACGUCUCCGCACUUUUGUAGUAAGAAGAACACCAAUGGCAACUCGACUGUUGCUCUGUGAACAUGCAGAAAAGCUGUCAGCUGCUAUUGUUCUCAAGAACCACCAUUCCAGGCUUUCUGACCUUGUGAACACAGCUAUAUUAAUUGCUUUAAACAAAAGAGAAUGUGAAAUUCCAUUCAACCUCACUCCUGCAGAUGUCUUUUUUAGAGAGGUGUCCCAAGUAGACACCAUCUGCGAAUGUUUGCUGGAGCACGAGGAGCAAGUCUUGAAGGACACAUCACUGGACUCUGUUGAGUGGGCUGAGGUGGUGAUCAAUGUGAAUCAUAUCCUGAAGGAUAUGCUGCAGGCUGCUAGUCAUUAUCGUCAAAACAAAAGCUCCUUGUAUAGAAGAGAAGAACCCCUAGAAAAAGAACCUGAGUAUGUUCCAUGGACAGCAACGAGUGGUCCCUCUGGCAUUCGCACAGCAAUAGUGCGCCAGCAUGGGACCGUCCUGAAGAUGAUUUAUCCUCAAGCGGACAGCACCCUCCGGAACAUUCUGACAGAACAGCUGGUAGCACUGAUUGAUUGCUUCUUGGACGGUUAUGUUUCUCAGCUUAAGUCUCUGGACAAAUCCAGUGAUCAAGAAAGAUACAACAAUCUGGAAAUGGAAUACCUGCAGAAGAGAUCAGAUCUUUUAUCUCCUCUUCUUACAUUAGGCCAGCACCAGUGGGCUGCAUCUUUAGCAGAGAAGUACUGUGACUUUGAUAUCUUGGUGCAGAUGUGUGAGCAGACUGACAACCAGACUAGACUACAGCGGUACAUGACCCAGUUCGCUGAACAGAAUUUUUCAGACUUUCUCUUCCGUUGGUAUCUGGAGAAAGGAAAGCGAGGCAAACUCUUGUCUCAGCCCAUUUCUCAGCAUGGGCAGCUGGCGAGCUUUUUGCAAGCUCAUGAACAUCUCAGCUGGUUACAUGAAAUUAACAGCCAGGAAUUAGAGAAGGCUCAUGCAACACUUCUAGGUUUGGCAAAUAUGGAAACCCGUUACUUUGCAAAGAAAAAAACCCUUCUUGGCUUGAGUAAAUUAGCUGCCUUAGCCUCAGACUUCUCAGAAGAUGUACUGCAAGAAAAAAUUGAAGAAAUGGCUGAACAGGAGCGCUUUCUGCUGCACCAGGAGACCCUACCUGAACAGCUUCUAACAGAGAAACAGCUAAAUCUGAGUGCAAUGCCGGUACUGACUGCACCACAGCUCAUCAGCCUAUAUAUCUGUGAAGAAAACAGAAGAGCUAAUGAGUAUGAUUUCAAGAAGGCUUUGGACUUGCUGGAAUAUAUUAAUGAGGAGGAAGAUGUAAAUAUAAAUGAUCUAAAACUGGAAAUCCUUUGCAGAGCUCUUCAGAGAGAUAACUGGUCCAGUUCAGAUGGUAAAGAUGAUCCAAUUGAACUAUCUAAAGACAGUAUAUUUGUGAAAAUCUUACAGAAACUUUUAAAAGAUGGUAUUCAGCUCAGUGAAUAUUUACCAGAGGUGAAAGACCUACUACAGGCAGAUCACCUUGGAAGCUUAAAGGCCAAUCCCUACUUUGAGUUUGUUUUGAAAGCAAAUUAUGAAUAUUAUGUCCAGGGACAAAUGUAACUUUUUCUAAAAAUGGUCAUUGUUUCUGAAAAUUUGUCUAAGUGUGUAGUAGUGAUAAAAAGUUUAGGUCUUAAGCAUCUAGAAGUUUAUACUUGUAUAGCAACUUACAUGGUUGAGUUUUUUUGCUUUAUAAAAUAAAGUUCUGUGACUAUAAUUUUGGUUUUCAGUUCAAACAUUAUUUUUUUUCCCUCCUGUUUUCCAUCUGAAAAUUGUUGGUUGUUGUAUCCAUCCUUGCUGCCCUUCCUUUUUGUCUCACUUUGUCAGGAGUCAUGGAGUCCUUGACCUGGCUGCACCAAAGGCUGCUUGUAUAGUGUGGCCGGAUCAUGUCUAGGCUUUGGUCUCUGUAACUCCAGAAACUAUCAGAUUGCACUACAGUGUCUCUGAAAUCUCUGUGACUGCGUAUUGUGCACUUGAGAGAACUGAGGUGUGUAGUGUAUGUUUUGGUUGGGGGUAGGAAAUAACAUAAAUGUCAAAGUGUGCUGAUUUAUUCUGGGACUAAAAGAUGAAAUGGUGGACCUGAUUCAUGUGAGCUUGAUAACUGGCCAAUUCAUUGGGAAAUUUUUAACUUUUCUAAAUAAAUAAUAAAUGAUUAUUCAUAAAAGUAUUUUAGCCAAUAAGACAUGUUUAUCUGGCUUCCUAACCUAUCUAUUAAUUAGCAUUGAUAAUAAGCUUAUGGUGUUUUCAUAUUAGUUGUAACCUUUCAGCCUGGGCAUUCAGUCAGCCUGUGUAUCUUCAGAAUGGUUUACACUGAAUUCCACUCUUACUGCAGUCUGCUUAGGCAGUCAGAAGCCUAUGUAAUUCUAGAAACUAUUAUGGGCUUUCCUAACAUGGCAACUGAUUUGACUGAAAACCAGUGGCUCUCUUAAAGCUCUGCCCUGACCAGUGUCAUCAGACACAUUUCGUCUGGCUUUAAAUAAAAACUAGAAUGGAUGGGAAAUGGCUGGCAUAUCCAUACUUUGGCCCAGCUGGAUGCUCGCUAAAUAACUCGAUCCAACAGCUGAAAAGGUCAUAAGUUAACUAUGGUGAAGAGAGUCCAGUUCCUGGUUUUAAAAAGUGCAGCCAUCAUGCCUGUUCCUUCAGGUUUACAGCCCAACCAUUGAACUUACUAGGAAGAAUGGAUUCGUGGAGCUAUUUAUGUUAAUAAUUAAAGGAAAGAAAUGGGCAGUGUGUCCUUUUUGCCUUUACAGUUUGUGUUAUGACAUCAUCAGGGCCCAGGUUAAGAAUUAGUAAAGAGCACAAAGAAAAGUUAGGAAAAGUAGCUUGUCAGAUGGCUAGUAAUGAAACAUUGAACACGUGUUACAAGACUACGCUUUGGUUUUACACAGAAAUCAGGUCUUGCCUUUACGCUUCUUGUCGGGUAAUGUGCACUGGGAACAGGUACCACCACUAACCGCAUUCCUAGUGUGACAGGAGAGGACAGACCACUGAUGGGGACCAGACUCCACUGCCCAGAUGUGAAACCGCUGUGCCCACAGUGUGACAUACACAGAGAUUUUUGGGUUUUUAGAAAAAAAAUUAACAGUAAAAGUGAAAUUAAGUCCUAGGAUUUUGAAUAUUUUUUCUCCUAAAUUUAUAAAAUUGAUUCCACAGUACAGUCUUAGGAAAGAAUUAUUGGUGGUGGUUGUGUAAGGCGAGUAACUGAUAGUGAAAAUCUAAGCCUGACUGCCAGAGUUAAUGUGACAUUUUAGAUGUGUAGCUUGUGUAGAGAACGAGUUUGUUUUUUUCCUUUAUCCAUCUGGUAAUGGGGAUGUUUGUGGCUUUUGGUUCAGCCAGCCAGCCUUCCUUGCUUUCUUUUUGAGACGAUCCGUGAUAGUUGCUGGGGAAACCAUGACUUGUCGUUUUCGGAUACCUCUGGCUCUUCAUUGGAAAAGGUCCGUUGAGGAUCUGUUCUGCUGCCAGAAGUGUACCAAGUGUUUCUGGAAAUUAGAAUAAGACGGAAAGCAGUCCUUGCCCUACCCCGGCCACUCCUGGUGGGACGGCUGGGCUGGCAUGUCAGGCCCUGCCUCCGCCACUUACUGGAUGCAAAGUCUUGAACAUACUUGGCUCAUUAAGCCUCCAUUUUCUUCAGAACACACCCACACAAUUAGAGUGAAUAAAACCCAUUACAGUCGAGUCGAUUCCCACUCACAGCAACCCUAUAGAACAAUGUAGAACUGCCCUAUAGGGUUUCCAAGCCUGCAGUCUUUACAGAAGCAGACUGCCACAUCUUUCUCCUGUGGAGCAGCUGGUGGGCUCAAACCUCUGACCUUUCAGUUAGCAGCCGAGUACUUUAACCACUGCACCACCAGGGCCCCAAGACUGGAAUGAAUAGUACCUAUCCUAUUUACCUCAGGAUAGAAGUAUUCAUUGAAACAAUAUGAAGUACAAAUAUGUUUAAAUUGAUAGGAAGCACUAUAGGAAAAGGCUUAGACUGUGAGGAGUUUAGGGGACAAGGUUGAAGUGAAAGGAAGGUGAAUACCCCGGCUUAGUUGUAGUAGAAGGGCCUUGUAAGAAUAUCAAGAGCUGAGGCUGCACCUGAAAAUUUAGAAGCAUAAGCUGUCUGUCAAGCAUACCCUACAUGGCUGACCUUUCAUUACUGGUAGUUCUCAAAAGGGUAUUCAGGCAACAACCAGCUUACUCAGGCAAGAGCAGGCGCUGGUUUGCUCCCCAAAAGAGUACAUGUAUGGAGAUGCAGCUUUCCUACACGCUCAUUAGUUCUGUUCCCUAAGCCAAUGGGAAUUCACGGGGGCCAGAAUGGGCCUGGGAGGGCCCUAUGGUGGUACACUGAAGACUAUUUAAACUGGCAUCAAUCAUAUUGAGCAGAAAGCAGAUGUCUCAACUGGCUUCAUCAGAGUCUGUCUCCCCAAGGUUUGCCGUAUUAGCAGAUUUCCAUUAGCUCGUAAAUGUUUUAUUCAUAGUCGGCUUUUAGUGUGUGCUUGGAUCCAAUACGCUCUGAGCUUAGAAAAUCUUGCUACAGGAGAAGAGUUGUGCUGAGCGAGGGUCAAAAAUAUUGGCAAGGGCAUUCCUCUCUAAAAUGUCAACAAAUUCUUAGGUAUCCAGUGAACAACAGCACAUUUCUUCCUGCUUUCAAGGCCAAAAUGUAAGCUGUUCUCUUCAAAUUGCACAUACAGGUUAUUUGCCAGAUCAUUUUUUCUAGCGUCCACUCUGCAUUGACACAGGAAGACGUAAGGUGUUAACGAUGCAGUGUUCUGUCCAUUGUUCACUCUCCAUAAUUGGAGGUUUCUUAUUUAUGUAAAACCAUAGCCUUUAACCAUUGACCCUUUAUACUCACAACAUAGACCCAACUAACCAA